AUGACUCAACUCAAAAGAGUAGCCAUUAUUGGUGCUGGCCCUGCCGGUUUGGCCGCAGCGAAGGCCCUUAAAAUGGAAAAAACAGCAUUUGAGGUUGUUUUAUAUGAUCGUAAGAAAAGCAUUGGUGGUGCUUGGUAUUACGAUGCAGACCUCAAGAAGUACUCGUAUCCAACAGUUCCUUCCACAGACCCCAAUGGGACAGAAUUGUAUCGUAAGACUAGUCCUUCAUCUCGUAUUUAUGUGUCACCCUUGUACAAGCGUAUGGAGACCAAUCUCGUGGAACGCCUAAUGGAAUUCAAGGACCUUCCAAUUGAGUCUAAGGAAGGACGGUUCAAGCUGCGUUCAGAGAUCAUGUCCUAUUUGAAGAAAUACGCAGAAACCAUUCCGGGCGCUGUAGAUCUUAGAUUGAAUUCCUCUGUCGAAGAAGUCUCUAAAAACGGCUCGGAGUGGAACAUCGUUGCCACAGAUCUAGUCAACAACCGGACCACAGAAGAAAAGUACGACUUUGUCAUUGUCGCAAACGGUCAUAAUGAGCUUCCCUACAUUCCAGAUGUUCCCGGUUUGAGAGAAUGGAGCCAUGCUGAUCCUGAUUCGGUUACUCACUCGAAGUAUUAUGAUGUUCCUGACAUGUACAAGGGUCAGAACAUUCUUGUAGUGGGCAAUUUUGCCAGUGGCGCCGAUUUGGCAACCCAGAUCAGCGUAGUAGCAAAAAAUGUAUUUGUCAGUACUACUGCCGCCCCUGAGUCGUUGCCUCAGUCAAAGUAUGAGCAGCUUCACUACUACACACAGAUAGAACGAUACGAUGUCGAGACUAGGUCUGCUAUCACCAAGAGUGGGGACAUCAUUGCAGAUAUUGAUGUAAUCGUCUUCUGUACUGGAUAUCUCUACUCUUUGCCAUUCUUAAACAAGGCGAUUCCCGAGAUUACCAACGGUGUCUACGUCAAAGACUUGUACCGCCAGAUAUUCUACACUCAGGAUCCAACAUUGGCCUUUGUGGGACUUAAUAAGUUUGUUGCACCGUUCCCCUUGUCUGAAUCGCAAUCGGCGGUAAUAGCCCGAGUAUUCGCUGGAAGAAUCAAGCUUCCUGACUCUAAAUUCAUGCAGAACUGUUUUGAGGCAGAGUUGGCUGGCCGCGGAUCGGAAAAGCAAUUCCACAAUUUAGUGAAUGCCGAUUUUUAUUACUGUAACAGCUUAUAUGAGUGGAUUGUACUCACUGAAACUGUUCAAGAUGGCAUGUUGCCUAUCUUUUGGGACAAAGAGUUGAUUGACAUACGUCAAGACGCCGCGGAUGUAAAAGCUGUUCGUUUUGAAUUCGUCAAAGAACAUGCUCAAACUCUCAGGGAGAGGGGCGAGACUUUCGGAUUUCCCGACACCUGGUUGUAG